UGAGAAAGAAGAAUGUUCACGUUUCCGAUUCCCAAGAAGAUACACAAACUAUGAGCAACCCGUUCCAAUUGCUCUCUCUCUCUCUCUCUCUCUCUCUGCGUCACUUACAUUCGCUUACUAACUGAAAGCACACCAUCCCAUAUUAUGGACCUACCUAGCUCCUCAUGAAUUGCAUUACCUCAGCCUUUUUCACUCACAAAUCAUAGCCUUCUUCUCUUCUUCAUUCCCUCAAAACCCAAUUCUCUCUAUUUUUUUAUAAGACCAACUUAAGAGAGGGAGAAGAUGGGCUUUGAUCUUGAAUCUGUAGCAGAGGCAACAUCAGGGGCCAUUGGAGCUUUGGUUAGCACCACCAUCUUGUACCCACUUGAUACCUGCAAGACCAAGUAUCAAGCUGAAGUCCGAGCUCACCAUCAGCAGAAGUACAGGAACAUUUCUGAUGUUUUAUGGGAAGCAAUUUCUACCCGUCAGGUGCUUUCUUUAUACCAGGGCCUUGGGACAAAGAACUUCCAGUCCUUUAUUUCACAGUUCAUCUACUUCUAUGGAUACAGUUUUUUUAAGAGGUUAUACUUGGAGAAAAGUGGAAAUAAAACCAUGGGAACUAAAGCAAACUUGAUAAUUGCAUCUGCUGCCGGGGCUUGCACAGUGAUAGUGACACAGCCCUUGGAUACAGCAUCCUCAAAGAUGCAGACAAGUGAGUUUGGGAAAUCCAAAGGACUCUGGAAGACUCUUUCAGAGGGAACUUGGAUUGAGGCAUUUGAUGGUCUUGGCAUAUCUCUUCUUUUGACAUCUAACCCAUCUAUCCAGUACACUGUAUUUGAUCAGCUGAAACAAAGACUGUUGAGGGGGCAGCUGAGCAAAAGAACAGGUGCAGAGUCAUCUCCAGAAGCUCUUUCUGCCUUCUCUGCUUUUGUAUUGGGUGCUGUCUCAAAGUGUAUUGCAUCCUGCUUGACUUACCCAGCCAUCAGGUGCAAGGUCAUGAUUCAAGCAGCAGAAGAAGAUGAAGAAGGUAACAAGGAAGCUCAAAACGGAUCUAAAAAAUCCAAAAAGACAAUUUCAGGUGCAUUUUUUGCCAUCUGGAAAAGAGAGGGCCUUUUGGGUUUCUUCAAGGGAUUACAGGCCCAGAUACUAAAAACUGUGCUAAGCUCGGCAUUGCUUUUGAUGAUAAAGGAAAAGAUCACAAAGACAACCUGGGUCCUAUUGCUUGCUCUGAGGAGGUUUUUUUUUCUCAACAAGAGCAAAUUAAAGAGCGCUUGAAUUAGUGAUGACAGUGAGAAUUGGAAUUUUACAUAUCAGAUGCUAUAAUGCCGGUGGAUGCUGGAAAAGUUCAGUUUCAAAUCAACAAGGAACAUAUGGAUUAGAGACGAAGUUUUUUUUUUCUUUUAUGUAUAUAUUGUUUUUGUUCAUCAUCCUGUUCACUUCGGUUGUCAGAAAAAUGGUAAGAUUGACAUUGUUCCUUUUUAAAUCUUGAAGCAGAAUUUUGUGUAUCUUCGACUAGCAGCGUGUAAUGAACCUUUAAUUGGAAUUAUGACUUUCAGUCAAUAAAUUAUAGGGAUUGUGAUUCCCAUUUAUGAAUC